UUUGUGCUGCACAGCUUCAAGUGGCUCACAAACUGUGGGAGAACGCCAUACUUGCGACAUUCCAAGGCCCGUGGAGGCGCAUCUCUCUCCGCCAUCAGGAUGCCAAGCGAGCCGAGUGAGAGAGGCGAGGAGCAGGGUCAGAGCGGAUUCUCCACUCCGUCCACAGCGAGGGUCACGCCUGCAACGUCCACGGACAUCUCCAGAUCCGUCACGCCUGGAGUAUCAAAGCUUGCUGAUCACUCGAUUGCGCCAACGGAAGGUAACGCGGAGCUGGAAGCAUUCAGGCAGCAGUGGCGCAAAGAGGUUCAGAGCAGAACUGCAGGCGCCAGUCAGAGCGAGGCAACAGCGAGCUCGCCGAGUCCAGAUGGUCUGUCUAAGCAGAUCCCUUUGGGAAAGGCAGCAGAACAAUCGGAAGCUGCGGUGCUUAGCACUGCUCUCCCUGCGAAGGAGGCUCGCAGAACAGCCAAGGCAGCACAAUGUGCCCCAGACGCAGACCAAGGACGCGUGGCUGCAAAUUUGUCUCACCAUGAUGAGCUAGAUCGCUCUUUGAUCGAAGAGGAGGACGAAGAGGGGAGCUCUAGCCGCCCACAUUCUCCAUCCCUCGCUUCAGGCCUGCUGGGUGUGCCAGAAGCCGCCCAAGCACCAACAAUCUGGCGGCGAGAACCUCCUGCUGCGCAACUAGAUGAGGUCGAAGAUACCAUCGCCACUCAGAAGCCCGUAGCUCCCGAUCUGGCUGCGGCGAGGGCUAAGCGCGCCGCUGAGCAUGCCAAGCAGGAUGCUCAGGAUCUCAGCACUCCGGAUGGUCAAGCGCGUAUCGAGCAAGGUAUCAAGCUUUACGCGAAGGCGGUGGCAGCAGAGAAGCGAGGCAACAAUUCGCAGGCUAUUGAGCAUUACCGCAGAGCAUUCAAGCUACAUGAUGAUGUCGACCGCUUCUUCCAGAGAGGUGUUGUCUUGCUCUCCAAGGAUGCGAACGAGCAUGGCAUAGCGCAGCCAACAGAUGCUUUGCUUCAAACCAAGGAAGUGUCGGAUGCCGUGCGAUCUGCAGCGGACACCUCGACGUCGGAUGCAGUCAAGUCCUACGAGCGAGCCGCUUCAGCAUCCAUCAGCUCCAGACCCGAUGCGGCUCCCUCAGAUAGCACCACAAUGCCGCCUACCUUUGCGCAGAAGCGAGCUAAACGGGGACUGACGACUCAUGGCCGAAAGAUCGACUCGACAAACCCUACAACGCAGCUGCAGACAUCAGCCUCGCUAACACCAUCCGCAUCGAAAGCUUCGCCGGUUCCGUUAACGGAACUUCUGGAAAAGCUGGCGCUGGCUCCGCCGAAUGAGGAUGAGGAAGACGAGGCGGUCGAACCUUCUCUCAGGGCGCGGUUCACUCCCGCGGACGAGGAGGCACCUUCUCAUAUAUGCAGUGUGCCGGAUGAGGUGCUAUUGCACAUCAUUGCUCAACUUGCGGCGCCAAGUGGUAAGAGAGGCGCUCGAAUACCGGCUGUGCCAUCUGGAGAGCCUCCAAGCAAACGUGGUAUUGGAGUGGUCCUGGCUGGAGCGGACUGGUCCAGCGUCGAGCAGCUUGGUCGCGCGAGCGCGACGUUACGCCGCCUGACCUUCUCGCAAGGCGUCUGGAAAGAUAUCGUCAAGGCGACAUACUUUCCGCCUCAACUGCCCGAAGCUACUGACCAUGAUUCCCUGCUCGACAUGCACGGUGGGCGACACUGGCGAGAUGUAUUCGUGCAUCAACCCCGCCUGCGUCUGAACGGCGUCUACAUUGCCUCGUGUCGAUAUACGAGGCAAGGGCUGAACGCGGAGAACAGAUGGGUCAACGUUUUGCACCUUGUGGAGUUUUAUCGCUCAUUGCGCUUCUUGCCAGAUGGUCGAGCCCUUUCAUUGCUCACCACAGACGUUCCAGCCGAUACGGUUCGUCGUAUGGAGCCUGGACUUCGCUCCAAAGGAUUCGCGAUUGGUCGUUGGAAGCUCAUGCCGUACGGAUUAGCCGACGAUGAAGAAGAAGCAAGACCGCCCGGUCCCAAAGUCAUCAUCGAGGAUCUCAAGGACAGGUCUAUGGACAAGUACUGUUUCCGAGUCAUUUUGCUUUUGCGACAGACCAGCCUGGGCAAACACAAUCGACUUGAUCUGCUCGACUACGCAAGCGUCAACCUCCGCACAGCAGAAGUUUCGACCUUGAUGAACGCUUCCCAAAAACUCUCUUUCAGCUUUUCCGUCGUUCGCUCUUACGGCAUUUAAUGUCUCGUUGCUAUACGAGUUGAGAGUCGGACAGUGUAUUUGUACGAUCAAGUAGACUGGGAAUGCUACUUUGCAAGUUUUCGCAGACAUGCCCCUUUCGACUCAGUGCUAUCACCGGGGCUUUCUGAGGCUUCAGACCGGUAUCCGCACUCGAGAAUAUUCAGACGACUUUUGAUGUAUCGACACGCGCGGAC